CAAAGAUGGUGGAAUCUUUGGAAGAUUCAAAUGAAUGUUCGGUAAAAUUUGUUUUUUACCUGAAAAUGUCGGAAGAGGAGCAACUUCUUACGAACCCUUAUAAGAGGAAAAAAUACAAGCUUUUAUGGUAUUCGCCAGUUUUGUUGCUGUUGCUAGCUGUAACUAUUUUGGUACCUAUGUUCAGCUUUUCCGUUUCGUUACCUUUACUCGGUAGAUGGUUUUGGUUUUCGAGUAGCCCGGAGUUUUCAUUUAUGGUGGUUGGUGAUUGGGGAAGAGAAGGGCACCACCAUCAGAAGAGAGUAGCAAGUGCCAUGGCUGUUUUGGCUCGUUAUGUUAAGCCUCGUUUUAUUAUUAGCACAGGCGACAAUUUUUAUGAGGAUGGAGUAGCUUCUGCCAGAGACAAACAGUGGAAUAUUUCUUUUGAAAACGUUUAUUCUUACAGGAUGUUGGAAAAUAUUCCGUGGUAUGCCGUUUUAGGAAAUCAUGAUCACUUGGGCAAUUAUACUGCACAAGUUGACUAUUCUAACAAAAGCGAGCGUUGGAAUAUGCCUCGUCCGUUUUUCUCAAUACCUGUGAAUAGCUAUUUUGGGGAACAAUAUCUUUUUGUCUUUUUGGAUACAACUCCGUUUAUCAAAGAUUCCUAUGGAGAAGUGGCCCGAAAGAAUGGAAAACAGAGUUGGAGGCUUCAACUUUCUUGGCUCGAGAAACUUUUGAACUCUUCCAGUAGUAGACGAAUAUUUGUUAUUGGGCAUCACAAUAUGUAUUCUUCAAGUAUUGCUGGUGAACGGGGUCGGGAAGAAUUGAGAAUAUUAUUGAAACCGAUAUUAGAUAAAUAUUCUUCUAGAAUAACAGCGUACGUAUCAGGUCACGAACACUCUUUGCAACAUUUGCAACCUUAUGGAGUUUCUGGAAUCGAUCAUUUUAUUUCAGGAGGUGGUUCAAAGACGGAUAAUUUGAAGGACCCACCCAAGGAUGCUGAACAAUAUUGGUAUGAUUGUUGUAAAGUUUUGCCUUUUGGAGUGCAGGAUAAGGACAAGCCUCGUAGCUUAUUCCGAGCCAGUACACAUGGCUUUUUUAUCUUCAAAGUUUAUGGCAAUGAGAUUGUCGCAGAAGCUUAUAGUCAGAAAGCGAAAUUAUUAUACCAAUAUCAUAAGAGUCUACGAUGACUAUUUUUUGGGUUUUCGCUGUCUUUUGUAGUUGCAUUAUUUUAUUGAGAAGUUUAUAUUUGAAAACAGGCAAAAUAAAUGAUUGUGCUUGUUUUCUUUGAAUUUUCGGGAUGUUUUUUAUUGCUAUAUUAUUUUAUGGUUUAAAUGAACUUUUUCAAUUGCAUUUCGAAUACUUGAUAAACCGUUGUGAAAUAUUAUAAGAAUACGUACUGUUGUCAAAGCAACUAGGCUGUUAAUGAAUAGUUUGACAGCCUC